CGGCGGCUAGCCCUUCGCUUGAACCUCCCCGGAUCACCCACGGUCGUUCCAGACUCCGCAAACCUGCGGGGGAAAGGAAUUCUGCGCGCAAAUUACAUAUGCCGAACCUCGCGCAGACUGCGUUCUUGCUCUCGUUCUUCAUCACCUUCGCCGCCCUCUACGCCCUCUCCCAGUGGGCGAACGGUCUCCUCCUCGCCCGCGGCUACGACGUACGCGACCUCAUCCUCCUCGGCCUGCCCAAAGACGCGCCCAAACGACCCCUGCGCUUCACGCACCCCAUCAACCCCAACGAACCGUACGACAUGAGCUCAGUGAACAUCCCCGGCGUCGGCGAGGUCGACACGACCGCGGCGGCAGAGUAUGUGCAGGGCCUGCACUCGGUGCAGAUACCGGGUGUGGGUACGGUGGACCUGUUGCAAUUGGUGUCGACGCCAGCGUUCGCGCUUAGCAUGACGGUUGCGACCGCCGCGUUCUUCUAUGCGCUCUCGAACAAGGGCGGCAAGAAGGCGCUCGACCCGACAAAAUGGCAGGAGUACCCGCUGGCGAAGAUCACCAAAAUCUCCCCGAACACGGCCAUCUACACGUUCGCCCUCCCCAACAAAAAUGACAUCCUCGGCCUGCCAAUAGGCCAGCACAUCUCCGUGUCCGCCGAGAUCAACGGGAAGGACAUCAUGCGCUCGUACACCCCUAUCUCAAGCGACGACGACCGUGGCCGCUUCGACCUGCUCAUCAAGGCGUACGAGAAGGGCAACGUGUCGCGGUACUUCUCCCUCCUCAAGGUCGGCGACAAGGUUCGCAUCAAGGGCCCCAAGGGCGCAUUCACCUACUCCCCCGGCCUCGCCUCGCACGUCGGCAUGAUCGCUGGCGGUACCGGCAUCACCCCCAUGCUGCAGGUCGUCAAGGCCGCACUGAAGGACGCGAACGACAAGACGAAGCUCACGCUCAUCUACGCGAACGUCAACUACGAGGACAUCCUGCUCAAGAAGGAGAUUGACGCGCUCGCGGAGGCGCACCCUGACCAGUUCAGCGUGUACUACGUGCUGAACAACCCGCCAGAGGGCUGGUUGGGCGGUGUCGGGUUUGUGACGAAGGACAUGAUUGAGAAGCACAUGCCGCCGAGCUCGAUGAAGGACGCGAAGGUCCUGAUGUGCGGCCCGCCACCUAUGCUCACUGCGAUGAAGGGCCACCUUGCCGAGCUGAACUACCCGGCACCAAGGACGAUCAGCAAGCUCGCUGACCAGGUCUUCUGCUUCUGAGCGUACUCAUUUACGACUGUUGAUCUAGGGAUGAAAGUAUUGUACUGCUUUGCUUGCCUAUAACAAUGUUUAGACGAUGCUUUCUAA